AUGGUGGACUGGGCGAACCUUAUCUAUUUCUUUACGCUUCUCGCUGUUGAAAAGCCACCAUCAGUUAUGAAAUUUUUUGUCGAUCAAAUUGAUACCAUCUACAUUUUGGAGAAAAGAGAUAAGGUUGGUUCGCCUCAGGUCUCUCCAGGACUCUCUGAAGAGGUGCAAAAACGAAUAUCGAGCUACGUCUCGCAAAAAACACAAGGGUUUAAUGUAUUGGACAAUCAUUAUCAAGUUUCAGAGUUUAAGUUUCAUCGUGGCAAAGGAGAGGGACCAUUUUUGAACGAUGACCAUUUGAACGCCACGCGCUUGAGAGCGGGUGUCGAUAAACUUGGUGAUGGUCCCAAUUUCGAGAACGAAACUCCCUUGCUAAAGUUUCUACGCCCAAAUUUCUCGCCCCAUGACGUCGGUAAAUCGUGUUUCAAUGAGGCUUGGACUAAAAAUGCUGUCCUUCGUUCUUACCUGACAAUGUGCUAUACGUCUGUCGAAGAAAUAAUUGCAGUCACGAAGGUUGAUGUAUUUGAUUUUCUGCAUCGUGAGCUAAACCUUUUGUACCAAGAAACCAAGACAUUUUGUGUUACACCGUUAGGAGGUGGGCCGCAGAACAUUGGCACCGAGAUUAUGAUAUAUGAGGUGUUACCGAAGGAAAAGUUUAAUAAUUCUGAUGGAAAUGAAUCGAAGAGACGUUAUGGCGGCUUAUUUCUACGCUUGAACGACAGACGUGAAGAGGUGCCUCCGUCCUUUUCUUUUUUUGAGGAGAAAGAUGUCUACGAUGAAUCUAUUUUUAAGGCAACAAAACUUUUUCCAGUAGGCUUCCCACUGGUAUGGCAUCUCGGCCUCCAAUGCAUCUUUGUCAAACAUGAGUGUUUCAGACAAUCUACUGGUGCAAAUGUUGUGCUUCCACGCAUGAAAAUCUCCGAAUUCUUGGAUAUUCGUUUUUUCUAUCCCAUGAGUUUCCAUGAUGCACGCCGUCGUUGUGAUGUUGAGGGGGAUCACGAAAUAACGAUCGAUCUUGUAAGAAUCGGUUUAUGUGAGAUAGUAGGAACCCAUGUACCAGGUGAGGAGGGGACGACCGUCUUUAACUGGAUGAUACGAGACAAAGUAUACCACAAGCAAGUUUUAUGGAGCCAGUUUCACGGUACGAUUCCUAACGAUCCGACUACGGUCACUAUGAGUUUGCCUAAAGAUAUAAUUAAUGCCAACUUGUUAAAUGUAGGACCUACAUUUUACUUGAAGCAGCUUCACAGACGUUACAGAAUGACAAUUGAGUUGUCUGUAAAGGUUAGGAUGGGUGCCAGAAAGGUGGAGAGAUGUAUGCAAGUUUCUUUGCCAAUCAACGUUGCACAUGAAGAAGAUAUCAGCCAUUAG